GAAAUAUUUGUUGUAGGUUUCAGAAAGGGGACAUCUUCUUCGUUCACAAUGAGCUGAGUGAUGGCUGGUUGUGGGUGACUGCACAUCGUACUGGAGAACAAGGGACCAUAUUCUCUGACCUGGUGGAGACCUUAGACGAUGAUAUUGAUCCCAACAUUGUCUUCUCCUGGUUCCACCCUGACAUUACCAAGAGUGAUGCUAUAGACCUUUUAAUUAAAGCUGGCCAAGGUAGUUUCCUGGUUCGUCCAAGCGACAACUCACCUGGCGACUACACGCUCUUCUUCCUUACUAACAACAUCAUUCAGAGGUUCAGAAUAGAGAAGAGAGGAGUAAAGUACCUCAUGGGCGGUAGAACGUUUUCCUGCCUUGAUGCCGUCAUCAACAGAUACAAAACGGAACAAAUUUUAGAGGGUCAUACAUUAGGUAGCCCUGUUUGUAAGCAAUUAAGUUCUGGCGAGCGUCUUGGUCUGCCCAUUGUGCCAGUGAAGGAAGUCGAACAGCCGGAGAAGAUAUAUGCCACUUUAAAUGAGAUUAGAGAAAAGCUGGGUGUCACAAAAUUUAAAGGAAUUCAGAAACAAGGAUGGUUAUACAAGAAAAGCAAGAAAAACAAGAAGUGGAAAUGUUUAUAUUUCGUCCUAACUGAUAUUUUGUACUACUACGACAAUCCAAAGCGCACUAAACCAAGGGCCAAAAUGAUUUGA